AUGGCAACUUUUCCAUUCACUUCCUUAUUCCCACUCACACUCUCAUCUUCAUCUUCCAAGCUCUCAACUUUACAUGCUUUCAGAGCCUCAGCUUCCGAGUAUCUUCCCUCCCAACACACUUCCAGAAGGGAAUGCUUGAAGGGUCUUGCUUUGAUGCCUCUUCCUCUUGUUGUCCUGAGAGAGCCACCCCCUUCUCAUGCUAGAGAAGUUGAGGUUGGAUCCUUUCUCCCACCCUCACCCUCAGACCCUUCUUUCGUUCUCUUCACGGCCUCUCCCAAGGACACUCCCGCCCUCCGAGCAGGAAAUGUGCAGCCAUACAAGUUUCUCCUCCCCCCUACUUGGAAACAGGCUCGUGUAGCAAACAUAUUAUCUGGAAAUUACUGCCAGCCAAAAUGUGCAGAGCCCUGGGUGGAGGUUAAGUUUGAAGAUGAAAAACAGGGAAAGGUUCAGGUAGUGGCUUCACCUUUGAUACGCCUUACCAACAAACCGAAUGCAACAAUUGAGGACAUUGGUAGCCCAGAAAAACUGAUUGCUUCUCUUGGGCCAUUUGUCACUGGAAACACAUUUGAUCCAGAAGAGCUCCUUGAGACUUCAGUUGAAAAGCUUGGUGAUCAGACGUACUACAAAUAUGUGCUUGAAACUCCCUAUGCUCUCACUGGCACACACAAUCUUGCAAAAGCAACAGCAAAGGGAAACACUGUUGUUCUGUUUGUGGUUAGUGCCAAUGACAAGCAGUGGCAAACUUCUGAGAAGACUCUAAAGGUGGUGCUUGAUUCUUUCGAAGUUUAG